AUGCAAGAUCAAGAAGAGUCUUCCUACCAUCUGGCCAGAAAUUCCUCGAGAAGUGCAAGAAGCAAGGCAAGAAGUAUCAACACAAUGGAUAAGGGAAUUCUGGUCAAUGGCAUUUAUCCAUUGAACAGAGAAAAGGUAUUUAGACUCUUUCCAUGCACUGAAUCUGCUGGCUCACAGCAGUUACCGAGAGCUGUAUCAGUGGACAAUGAUGUUGCUACUGAGACACACGUGGACUCAAGAACCAGAUCUCAAAUACCAAUUGAUAAGUAUGAGCCAUUGCACCAGCCAUCACUGGAUUUGGUAGAGAGUUCUGAAAAUUCAAUAGAUGUCGUGAGACAUUCUGAAGUGAAGUUGCAGACCGCAUCCGAUGAUACCAUUGUGAUUCCAAUGAAGGUGCAGAGUGAAUCCGAGGAAGUGGCAAAUGUGUCAGAUUUUUCUAAUUUACUGGAAGAUACAUAUUUGCAUACCUCAGUAGCAUCUUAUAUUUCUAAUUUACAUGCUUCAGCAGAGUUUCCCAAGAAUGUGAAUGAUGAUGAGGAAUAUUGCAUGUUGGCAAAUGAUCCCAAUUCUACAGAGUCACUGGAAAAUCUGGAAGAUAUUAGACAUCCUAUGACUUUUGAGUUGCCAUCUCACUCACCAUUUGCCACUCAAAAAGACUGUGAAACUGGGCAUUCGUUAAAUGAGGCGCUCGAUCUCACUUCCAAGACACGACCUCAAAUUGGCCAACUUCUACUUCGCAAGAGGAUUUAUCCGAAUAGCGUCUAUCCUCUUGAUCUCUCCACGCAAUCGAACUGCACACCUGCCUCUACUCUCCGUUUUGGUGGUUUAGAAUUAAUUAGGCCACUACAAACACCCAUCAAUAAUGCUAAAAGGACGACAAAAACUCGAAAGAUGGUGUCGACAAUCGUCACUGGUUCUCCAGAAAUGAGACGGAAGCAAGAGCUGGAGAAGGCAAAGCACCUCAAAGAGGAAAAAAAGAGGGAAAGGGAGAUCAAGAAAAGGCUCAGGGAAGCCAAGAAAAUCGACACGCAGAUCAAAAGACGACUCAAAGAAGAGAUGCAGCUCUUUCUUCCUUCCUUCCCUGGACCUUCCGACGAGGGCAGGGACUAUGUCCCACUCUCCCCUGUGCCCUCCGUUGAGGGCACUCCAUCUGUGGUUGAUUUUACAUUGAUAAGAUCACAAAAUAGUAGUGAAACCGAUACCGAUGAUGCGUCUUUUCGAAAACCAUUGUCACGACCGGAAGUUUGUGUAGAGUGCGGAUGUGUUCGUGGAAAAUUUGAAAGUGGACGAAGGAAAUCCUACGACGCAUUCUACGGGAUCCCUUACGCCGAACCUCCUGUUGGAAAAUUAAGAUUUGAGAAUACUGUUCCUCAUUCCGGUUGGUCAGGAUACUGGGAUGCUUCAUAUCCCAGAGAUGACUGUCUUCAGAAAAAUUUCUUUUUGAAUUCAUCAAUAUUUGGCUCCGAGGAUUGUCUGUUCCUCAACGUUUAUCGACCAUAUACAUGGAAUAGAAAGAAUAAACUUCUGGUAUUAGUAGGAAUUCAUGGUGGUUCCUUCAUUGAUUUCUCAUCGAAACCUGAGUUAUUUGGUCCUGAAUACUUAAUGGAUAAUGGCGAAGUGAUCUUGGUGACUAUGAAUUAUCGACUUGGUAUAUUGGGAUUCCUCUGUUCAGGGGAUGAAGCUGUAAAAGGGAACUUUGGAUUGAAAGAUCAGCAAAUGGCCCUGCAAUGGGUUGCAAAGAAUAUUGAAUACUUUGGAGGAGAUUCCUCUUCAGUAACCCUUGUUGGAGUAAGUGCUGGAGCCACUUCAACUCAUUUGCAUAUGAUGAACUCAAAAUCUCAGGCUUUAUUUCAUCGAGUUAUACUCAUGAGUGGUACAGCCCUAGCUCCUUACAUGUACCCAAUUGAUCAUGCUGCACAAUUUCGGACUGUUGCGCAUUUAACUGGACUUAAGGAUUUCGAUACCGAUUCUACAUACAAUUUGGCAUAUCAAUUGAAGAAAGUUGACGCUAAAACUUUUCUGCUAACUCUGGAUAUGCUAUACAGUUUUUUUGCAACGCCCCCAGCUCCGCUUCGUCCUUGCAUUGAGCGUGAUUGGGAAGGCGCUUUCAUGACUGAAGAUCCUCGAAAAGUUUGGGCUGAAGGAAGAUUUGUCCAGAAACCAAUUCUUGUUGGAACGGUGCCUAACGAAGGAGCAGCACUAUCCAUUAUCACUCUAAAUGAUGAACUAUUGGAUCAGUUCAAUAGGAAUAUCUACAAUUUCCUUCCGAUCCAGAUGGAAUUUAAACCAAGAUACAUGUCAGAUGUUCUGAAAUUUUAUUUCGGAGACAGGACUACCAUCGAUGCCUCAAAUCAAGAGGCUUACUUUAAGAUGUUCGGUGACAGAAUGUUGCGGUAUCCUUUGAUCAAUCUAGUUGAUCAGUACGUAAAAUAUGCCGACGUUGAGAAAAAUCCCAUCUUCAUUUACGAGUUUGACUUCGAGAGUUCAUACAAUUUUAUAAAUUUGAUUACCGGAACAGAAGAGUACUUCGAACCGUCAAAUGGAAAUGAUUUUCUGUACGCUUUUACCAUGGCCUCGCUCUUUGAACCUUUCGAGGUUGAUACUCCGGAAAGUAGAAUGAGCGAUAUUUUAGUUCGAACGGUGGUAAACUUCGUUGUUCAAGGAGAGGUUAAAGUUUGGAGAACCUUAAGACCUUGUACAAUUGAAACUUCUUUUCCAUCUUGUGAUCGUCAAGUCUUUCAGAGACAUACAAAGUUGGAUCCUAAUCAGGUAAUGGUGUCAAUUUCAAAUGAAAUUGAUUCGGAAAUGUUCAAAUUUUGGUCAAAGAUUGAUAAUGGUGUUAGGCUACAUUCCAUUAAACGCUGUACUGGAAGUGAUAACAUAACAUGUUUCUAAAGCAUUUGAUGAUGGAAAUAAAGAAAAAAAAGCGAAUGAGUUUUUAAAAUUUAAGUUGAUAAUACUAUAAAUUAUUUAAUAAUGGUAAUAUUUAUUUUAUUACACCUCAGAGAAGUAAGUUUAUAAUUCUUUUACUGUUUACUAAUGAUCCUUGGUUGACUUAUGAAGGUGAUCCUGAAGACCAGGAGUCACUAUCUCAGAUCAUUUGGCUGCAAUGUGUACUUCAUAGUUGCCUAUUAAAAUUAAGUUUUUUAAUAGAACACGAUAAUUGCUCCUUUAGUAUCAAUUCAAAUCUUUUGAUUAUUUUUGCAAUUAGUAAUAAAUAUUUUUCAAAAAGUGUUUGGAUGAGAAAUAAAGAAAAAUAUGACAAGGUUAUCUGUUUUAUUUUAAAUAUCUCUUAUACGUUUAUUUAAAAAAACAUUUUAGUAAGUUAAAUUUAUUUUAAUUACUAUUCUAACUGCCAUCGUUAAAGACAAUUUAUAUUAUGUUAAAAUGUUCCUAGUUUUUGCAUAUUUUACUCAAAAUAGCUAAGAGAAUACAACUUCUGAAAACAAAGACAAGAAAAAAAAGUAAAGCUCUAUUACUAACAAAUGAAGUGAGAGGAAAAGAAAUCGCAUUUUUCCUGGGAAGAGAAUAAAAGGAAAAUAAAUUCCCACUGCAUAGGAGCUAUUGCAAAUGAUUCUUUUCUACCCGGGAAAAAUGCCGCAAAAUAUGGAAAAUAAAUAAGAAAAAUUUUUCUGUAGCACAACUCUCCCUCAACAAAAACAAUUCAUUUUUCUCUAUUUUUUCCACCAUCGCGAGAAGCACAAUGAAGACGGUAGCACCUGGUAUUCCUCUGGCCCAUUAAAUUAAUUUCCUCUCUCACUUUUCUUAUAAAUUUGUAUAAAAUAUAUAGAGAGAAAGAACCAUCGUGUUCCACGCCAAAUCAUGGAGGUUGAGUACCCCAUUCCAUUAAAAUUCUCUUAGCUAAAUAGUGGGUGGAUGUUCCGUAACUUGAUAUCAAAUUUUUGCCAAUCUUAGUUCUGCUCUGUUGCCUUCAUCGUCUAUAAUUCUAUCGUCACGGUAGAUAAUUCUCUGAAUCGCGCACCCUGUCUCAAAGGGAUGCUCGGAAAAUUGUUGAUGGAAUGGGGAUUCAUUGAGAAAAGUCUGUCCAUGGAGAAAGAGGAAGUAAGAUCAUACAAUAGGUCUCCGAAGCUCUAUAUCUUGGCAAUUUUCCUGCCUUUUCCCAUUUCCCAUUCACUCUGAUUGCUGGAACAGCACAAAAGGAAAGAUGAAAUUUACCCCUCUCAAAAAAUCCCUUUUAAUUCGUCUAAUUGGGUAUGUGGUGAUAAAAUUGACAUUUAACCAGUGUCUCUUCUCUUCAAAAAACUGAAUUAGUGAAUUGGCUCUUAAAGUACUUCAGUGUUUCUCUCAAUAGAAUUGAAAUUUCAAUCUAUUUUUCCCUGCACGAUUUUUAGCUCGCUUUGAACGACAAAUUUUCUUCCUCACUUUUCCAACUAUUCUCCAGGGAAAUUCCUUGUUGAAUUCUUUGUCGCUUUUUGCAAGAGCGAAAUUAUGGUAUCACUUCUUUUAACUUUAUUGAAUUUCUUGGACAGUUUGACUGAAAAAGCUUAGUCACAGUCGUGUUAUUUUGCAUUUUUUUCCUUCUCCUUUUUCUAAUAGAAAACAGAGUUUGAAGUUGAAUUUAAAUUUGAUGUGUUCUUUUCUUUAAAUGAAGAGAAUUAACCACUUUAAGUCAGCUCUUCUAGCGUCCCAUGUCCUUCUGCGUUAGUCCUAGAACUAUGAUAUGUUCAGUAAUAUUGUAGGGUUUAUCGAAACCUAUCGAUUGGUGUUGAAUAUAAUUGAUUGUGUUAAUUAGAAGUUGAGUAACUGCAAUUCUUCCUGAUAAUAAGAAUUUUUGACGCUAUGGAUACUAGUGCCCGAAAAGCCAAUAUCCCGAAAUGCCAAAAUCUUGAAAGCCAAAUUCCCGAAAGCCAACAUCCUGAAAGGACCAAGAUCCCGAAAUGUCCAAAUUCUCUAAAGCCAAAA